CGGUGGUGCUUCGGCAGCGAUGGUGCUGAUUUGAUUAUUACGUGGUCUCGGGCGGACAUUUAGGUUUGAUCGAUCCAACCUCGUAUUCUUCUCUAAACCAUGGAUGCUUGGGGUGCUGCCCCCCACCAACCCCCGCUCCCGGCGGCAAGGCAUCACCCGCUCCCACGCCUUAACAACAAGAGCAGCGCAAGAAUCGGAGGAAGGGACCUGGUGCUGAGGAGCAGCGAGCUCGCCACGCUCGCCGCCAUCUUCCACUUCAGUGGCACAAAGCCGAGCUACCUUGGCGUGCAGAAGAGGCCCCCAUCCCUUGCGCUGUGCCCGGCGACCAACAACUGCGUGUCCACGUCGGAGAGGAUAAGCGACUCCAAUCACUACGCUCCCCCAUGGAAUUACAAUCCCAAGGAUGGCCCCAGAGGUAAACCCAUAAGCAAAGAUGAGGCCAUGAAAGAGCUCAUUGAAGUUGUGACCAAGACAAAGCCAGACAACUUCAGUCCUCGUGUGGUAGAGAAAGGAGAUGACUAUGUUCGAGUUGAAUACGAGAGCCCUAUAUUCGGGUUUGUAGAUGACGUCGAGUUCUGGUUCCCUCCUGGCAACAAAUCAAUCGUUCAGUACCGAUCGGCGUCUCGGUCAGGAUUCAUCGACUUUAAUGCUAACAAGAAGAGAGUAAAGGCACUGAGAUUGGCACUGGAAAAGAAGGGCUGGGCUUCAGAAAGCACCUUUGAAUAUGAAUCAGCAUAGCUGUGAAUUGAUCAAUUGGCUAUUCCUCUUAAUUUGUCACCCCUACAGAAUAUCUACUGGAAAUCUGGUAACUAAAGUUUGCAUCAAACAACUUUUAUCAUGACAUCGAAAGAGGUUUGUACAUGGAUGCUUUCCACGCAGAGCGCUUCCUAAUCAGUAGCAGCACUAGGGUGCUGUCGACGCAAAGUGGGAGCGCUGGAGAUGUCACAUUGCUCCAUCUCUCUCUGCUUUUCCCCUUGUUUCAAAACCUCUUCUGCCGAAUCCCGUUUGGUCA